AUAUUGCUAAUCUCACCAUACAACUUCACUACAAGGUAAGAUGAUAAGAGUGGCGGUGAUAGGCGGCGGUGUAAGUGGGUUGGCAGCAGCAUAUGUUUUAGCGAAAGAAGGUGUGGAUGUGGUGCUGUAUGAGAAGGAGAAGAGUUUAGGUGGUCAAGCCAUGACUGCUAUUGUUCAUGACACUACUCCUUUCGAUUUACGUUUUAUGAUUUUUACUCAGGCUAUGUAUCCGGAAGUGAUGGAACUAUUUGAGAGUGUUGGAGUUGAUACUGACGUCUCUGACAUUUCAUACUCUGUGAGCUUGGAUCAAGGCCAAGGUUAUGAAUGGGGCACUCGAAAUGGACUCUCCAGUUUGUUUGCACAAAAGAAGAAUAUGUUGAAUCCAUGGUUUUGGAAAAUGAUUAGGGAAAUCAUUAAGUUCAGAGACGACGCUUCUCUUUAUGUUGAAGAGCUCGAUAACAGUCCAUAUAUUGACCGGAAUGAAACACUGGGGACCUUCGUCCAAUCCCGUGGUUACUCUGAGUUAUUUCAGAAAGCUUUUCUUAUUCCAAUUUGUGCUUCUAUUUGGUCAUGCUCUUCUUCAUUAGUGAUGACUUUCUCUGCCUAUUUAACACUUUCGUUCCUGCGUAAUCAGGACACUUUGGAGCUUCUUGGUCUCACUAAACGGCUUACAACGAAAUGGCUUUCACAAAGUUAUGUCCAUGGGAUCAAGAAAGAGCUAGAAUGUAGAGGCUGUCAAGUGAAAAUCAAUUCUGAAAUACAUUCAGUUUCUACCUGUGACAUGGGUUGUACUAUUACAUAUAAGGAUGGCUCGGAAGAAGCAUAUGAUGGGUGCAUAAUUGCUGCACAUGCUCCAGAUGCUCUAAAGAUCCUAGGAAAGCAGGCGACAUACGAUGAAUUAAGAAUACUUGGUGGUUUUCAAUAUGCCUACAGUGAUAUCUUCGUUCACCAUGACGAAAAUCUGAUGCCAAAAACCCGAGGGGCAUGGGGCUGGAAGAAUUUUCUUGGAAUCAACAACGACAAAGCUUGUAUAACGUAUUGGCUAAACAAUAUCCAGAAUAAUAGUGUUCCAUUUUUCGUGACUCUAAAUCCACCUCAUACACCUAAGCAUAUAUCUUCCAAGUUGUCAACUAGCCAUCCUAUACCAUCAGUUUCUGCAAGCAGAGCUUUGUCAAAACUUAAUGAUAUCCAAGGGAAGAGAGGACUAUGGUUCUGUGGAGCAUAUCAAGGCUAUGGCUUCCCUGAGGAUGGAGUAAAGGCAGGGAUACUUGCUGCAAACGGCAUGCUUAGAAAACACUAUACUUUUUCAAACAACCCCAAAUGCAUGGUUCUAUCCUAUCUUGAAACUGGGGCUUGUGUUGUCGUUACGAGAUUCCUUGAGCGAUUUAUUGUUACUGGAUGUCUAAUUCUUUUGGAAGAAGGUGGUAAAAUAUUUACCUUUCAAGGUACAAAUAAAAAGAACAAUUUAAAAGUUACUUUGAGAGUUCACAAACCCCAGUUCUAUUGGAAGGUCGCAAUGGAGGCUGAUUUAGGAUUUGCCGAUGCCUACAUUAAUGGUGAUAUUUCGUUUGUUGAUGCAAACCAAGGCCUUCUCAACUUUCUUCUACUGAUGAUAGCAAAUGCACAGAUGAAUGCGUACAAGGAAAGAAGACGGUGGACACUAUUUCUUUACACAUCUUUAGCAUCAACUGCAAAAACAUUCAUCAAGCAUGUUUCCAGAAGAAACACGCUAUUUCAGGCACGCCGUAACGUCUCGCGGCAUUAUGACCUAAGCAAUGAACUUUUUUCUCUAUUCUUGGAUGAGACAAUGACGUAUUCUUGUGCAAUGUUUGAGAAUCCGUGUGAAGACUUGAAGAAUGCACAGCUUCGGAAAGUCCAUACUUUGAUCGAAAAGGCAAGGAUUAAUAAAGAUCAUCACAUUCUAGAGAUUGGAUGUGGUUGGGGAAGUUUUGCACUUGAAGCAGUAAAAAAGACAGGAUGCAAAUAUACUGGCAUUACAUUGUCGGAAAAUCAGCUGCAAUACAUAGAAUUAAAAGUGAUAGAAGCAGGUCUGCAGGAUCAAAUUGAACUUCUUCUUUGUGACUACCGCCAAUUGCCGAACAACUAUAGAUAUGACAGGAUAAUAUCAUGUGGGAUGAUAGAACAUGUGGGGCAUGAAUAUAUGGAAGAAUUUUUUAAAUGCUGUGAAUCUUCAUUAGCUGACAAUGGUAUUCUUGUUCUUCAGUUCAUAGCAGUAGCUGAUGAAAAAUAUGAUGAGUGGAGGAGCAGUGAUGGAUUUGGCACAGAAUACAUAUUCCAUGGUGGAUGUCUGCCUUCACUUAACAGAGUAAUAUCUGCUAUGGCUGCCUCAUCCAGACUUAGUGUGGUGCACUUAGAAGAAAUAGGAUGUCAUUAUUUUCACACCCUCAGACAUUGGCGGCACAACUUCCUUCAAAACCAAAGUAAAAUUCUUGAUCUUGGAUUUGAUGAGAAGUUUAUACGGACGUGGGAAUACUAUUUUGACUAUUGUGCUGCUGGAUUCAAAUAUUGUGUUAUAGGAGAUUAUCAGAUUGUAUUCAGUCGACCUGGUGAUGUUGCUGCAUUUGGAAGUGUUCCAUACAAUCCUCUGCCUUCUACCAGCUGAUUUCUCAGGGUGUUUGCUUUCAGUUAUUGAAAUAAAGGCUUGAUGUUUUAGUUGUUGGAUACUACUAAUAAAUGAUGUGUGAAAGUAACAUAUUAGAAGUCUUCAGUUCUAGGAACUUCAAUAAAUGCAAGUACAAUUUUUUUUAUUAUCACAAUAAAAUCAAGGAGGUUCAUACUAUAA